AUGGCAGACAAUCAACGUGAGGACGACCAGCACUCAAGUUCUACGGCGCUUGCUGACAGGAAAGAGCGGGAGUCGCCUGCGCGCGUGGACCGCCUUCGCAGCAGGUCACCUCGCAGAGAUCGGAGAGAUGACAAGCCCCGUCGGAAAGACAAAGGCUUCAAAUGGAAAGACAAGCGACGAGACGAAGGCGAACCACGCGACCGAGAUUCUGGAUUGCAAAGAGGCUACAGAGACCACUACCGCCCGCGCUCGAGAUCCCGCUCCCCACGCCGAGAUCGCUCCCCUCGCCAUGAAGACGACAGUGUCGACAGGAAACGGCCCAAGCAGAACAUCGACGAUGGAGACGGAAAGAGUGAGCCAAAGGAGAAAAGGAAGGAGAAGGAGAAGAAGGAGAAAAAGCCUGCUGCAGCCGUACCUCAGCAGCCCAUGAUCUUGGUUACGGUGAAUGACAGAUUAGGGACCAAGAAAGCCAUCCCAUGCUUCGCAUCAGACACCGUCCGUGACUUCAAGAUCAUCGUGGCAUCCAUGAUCGGCCGUCAGCCACACGAGAUUCUGCUGAAGCGUCAGGGGGAGCGUCCGUUCAAGGAUCAAUUGACAUUGCAGGACUACGGUGUCAGCAACAAUGUGCAGCUCGAUCUCGAAGUCGACACCGGUGAUUGA